UGAGACUCAGGGUAGUUGAUAAAUCAACUAUCACAUGUACACCAGAAAAUACAAAAUAGAAAUAAAAAAAUGAAAAUGAAGAAAAAUCAAAGCUGACGACUUGACCUCUUCUGAAGUCGUCUUCGCUAACACUAUCCAUAGUUCAUAGUCACAGAUGCCAUGAUUGUAGCUGAAAUUGUUCAUCACACGCACCAAUUUUCCAUGGCAAUUCAUCAUCAGUUUUACACAAUUCAACACUCUCUGCCUUUACUGCUACUACUUGUUAUUCAGCUCUCAUCACUUCAGUUCCACUCCCAUGGGUAUGAUUCCCAAACAAAGUACUUCAUCAAUUGCGGAUCGAGCAGCAAUGCUAAGGACACCGAGAGUGGGAAAACUUACGUUGGGGAUUCAAGCCAGGUCAGUUAUAGCAAGGGGAGCAAAACAGAAUCCAACCAAUCAUCAGUUCCUUCACCUAUCUACCAAUCCGCAAGAAUCUUCCCAAGUCAAUCUUUCUAUGAGUUCCCAAUUGACACCGCUGGCACCUCCAUAAUACGCCUUCAUUUCCUUGCUUUCACUUCGCCUAGCAACCUCUCUUCUGCAACGUUCAAUGUCUCGGUUCCUAAUUUCAUGCUGCUGCAAAACUUCACGCCCAAGAACUAUACAAAAUCUCCUCUGGUUAAAGAGUAUUACGUGAAGAUAUCUCUUGGUAAAUUCAGAAUCACUUUCGACCCUCUCCCUUCCUCGUUUGCCUUUGUGAAUGCCAUAGAAGUCUUCCUACUCCCCCGCUUCUUAAUCGCUGAUAAGGUCUCAGGUUUUGAUCCACAACCUGCCAUUGGACAAAAUAGUUUGUCUAGUUAUAGUGGGGUACUCACGCGAGCGUUGGAGACCAAACACAGGCUCAACGUCGGUGGCACUAAUAUCACAAGUGGCGUAGAUCCCUUGUGGAGAACCUGGUCUUUUGAUGAUACUUACCUUGUUAAUAGUCAAAAUGCCAAAAAUUUUACAUAUAAUGGGAGCAUUAAGUCCAAGGUAACUCCUGAUUCUGAUGGUCCAAAUGCUAAUAUGUAUACUGCGCCAUUAGAUUAUGUUUAUGGAACAGCUAAAGUGGUUAAUGAUUCCAACAUAACCUGGAGUCUUCCUGUAGACAAGAAUGUAGACCACCUAAUUCGGUUUCACUUCUGUGACCUUUGGUCUAUACAGGGUGACCUUACCACAUUUGGCCUGUACAUUUAUGACCUGCCCGCUUUGGUCAUUAAUAACGACACGAAUGUGUCUUCACAAUUGCCGGCGCCUUUUUAUUAUGAUCUUGUGGUCCAAUCUGAUAACUCUGGCCUUUUUCUGAUCACUGUUGAGCCUAAUAGUUCUGCUUUGGUUCCUAGAGCCUUUUUGAAUGGUCUAGAAAUAAUGCGAAUGGUUGAUUCAUCAGAUUUGAGUUACUUGCAAGACCAUUCCAAUGGAAAGGCUAGUGUUCUUCCGGUGGUGCUGGGCUCAGUAAUUGGAGGUUUGGUCCUGGUUGCAUUGGUUGUUAUUGUGUUAGUUUGGCGUCUUAAGACCAACAAACAAAAGCCGGUGGAGGGUUCAGAUUGGUUGCCAAUUCCUGCCACGGCAGGAGGAAGUUCUCACAGCAGAACAAGCCGGUUGACUGAUGGAACCAUUCAAGGCUCUCCGCUUCGCAACAUUAAUCUAGGACUGAAGGUUCCUCUGCAGGAUCUUCAAUUGGCAACCAAGAACUUCGACGAGAAGCAGAUAAUUGGCAAGGGCGGUUUUGGAAUUGUCUACAAGGGAGUUCUCAAGAACGGCAUGAAAGUAGCAGUUAAGAGGAGUGAGCCAGGGUCCGGUCAGGGCCUUCCGGAGUUCCAGACUGAGAUCAUGGUUUUGUCCAAAAUUCGCCACAGGCACCUCGUUUCCUUGAUCGGCUACUGCAAGGAAAGGUACGAGAUGAUACUGGUUUAUGAAUACAUGGAGAAAGGGACAUUAAGGGAUCAUUUGUACAAUACAAAACUGCCAAGCUUGACUUGGAAGCAAAGGCUUGAAAUUUGCAUUGGAGCCGCAAGAGGCCUUCAGUACCUUCACAAAGGCGCUUCCGGGGGAAUCAUUCACCGGGAUGUUAAAUCCACAAACAUUCUCCUUGAUGAGAAUCUUGUGGCUAAAGUUGCUGAUUUCGGCCUUUCGAGAACAGGUCCUCUUGACCAGCAUUCCUAUGUCAGCACAGGUGUUAAAGGAACUUUUGGUUAUCUUGAUCCGGAGUAUUUUCGGUCGCAGCAGCUGACAGAAAAAUCUGAUGUCUAUUCAUUUGGGUAGUUCUUCCUGGAAGUGUUAUGUGCCAGGCCGGCUAUCGAACCUUCGCUCCCAAGGGAGCAAGUGAACUUGGCUGAGUGGGGAAUCCUUUGCAAAAACAAAGGGAUUCUAGAAGACAUCAUUGAUCCCACCAUCAAAGGCCAAUUAGAUCAAAACUCGUUCAGGAAGUUUAGCGAGACGAUAGAGAAAUGCUUGCAAGAAGAUGGUUCUGAUAGGCCAACCAUGGGUGAUGUGUUGUGGGACUUGGAGUAUGCACUGCAGCUUCAGCGCGGCGCAAUACACAGAGAGCCGCAUGAGGAUAGUUCUAGCAGUGCUUCUGCAUCGCUUCAGUUGCCCAAUGUUAGGCGUCUUCCUUCUCUGUCCACCUUGAGCGAAGUGGAUGACAUGUCCAUUGCAAUGGGUGAUCGGUCUGAUACAGCAGACGAUUCAGUUUUUUCUCAGUUGAAAAUCGAUGAAGCUAGAUAAAUUUCAAGCUCUUCGUCACGCAUUACCAUAGUUUUAAAAUGUAUGAAGUAGAGUUAACUGCAUUUUGGACUGCUUCAGUUGCUACUUCAUUCUUGUUUUCAUGUGUUCUGCAUUUCCCCUGUAGUCUAUUCUAGCUGAAAUAAAUUUCUCCAAGCAAUUGUAAAAGAUCAAUGACUUCAUUUAUAUCUGAUGUUUGUACUGAAUUGUCUAUAAAUUAGAUCCAUAUUGUUAAAUAUACAUGCUUCAAUUUUCUUCACCUUGUUUUGGCAUCAGUGGCAUUCAAAUCAGUUUGUAACAGGGAGAGAAGAGUGGCAUUGUUGGUCUAGCAGCUACUGAAGGAAUUUCCGUCUGUUUUGUGUAACUGUUACCUGAGUGCCAAAGUGACGAAUACAAACCAGUCAAAUUCAUUGAGCACUAACAAGACUAGCCAGUACAUGAUUCAAGUUUCAACCAAUGGAGGCAUAGUAACACUAACACGGUCACAAGACUAUCGAGCCCAGUUAUACAGACUCACCAGAGCAGCCUCAAGCCCUCAGCUAUAAAUAGUUACUUAUUAGCUUUCUCUUGUUUUGUUUCUAAAGAAAGUCUGUUUGUUAAGUUGGUUAAGUUUUGCUUAGCUGGCACAUAUCAGUCUGGUUAGUUUGUAACAUAAGUUAGAACUGUAAUUGUACUUCUCUUCAGAAUGACUUCUUCUAUUCAUUCUCUACACUUGUUCAUGUUUUCA